AUGUCUAUCAUUCAGCAACACAGCAACGCCACACUCGGUGACGCCUGGCGCACCAUCAACAUCGACGCCCUUACCGAGGACUCGUCCGUCAACUUCGACACGUCGGCUCUCCAUCCUCCCCAGCCCGAGGUGUCCGAAGCAGAUGCGCGGCAAAUCAACACACAAGUGCGACAGCUGCUACGCGGGGGCGACACCGAGGGUGCCUUGAGGGGAUGCCUAGACACACCAGUAUACAAUGGCUCAGAGGCGGCAAAGGAUGCGCACCUGCAAACCAUCACCGAAGUGCUGCAGUCGAUCAAGGCGAGCGAGAUGAGCCCAUUGCUCAAGAGCAUCUAUAGCUCAGAGGGCGGAAAUGAGGCAUUGGAUGUUUUGAUGAAGUACAUGUGGCUACAAAGGAAUGGGCGCUGGCGCUCCCAAGGCCUCGAGAACGCCAUCUGGCGUAACCCCCCAGUCCACAGGAGGGUUUAG